UUCCUCCGAGAGAUCAUGAUCGCCGGCUUGUACGCCUUCAUGAGAACGCUCGCCAUAGCCGCCUCCCCUCUAUUGCUCUUUGCGUUCGUACGCUACAGCUACCAAGAAGAGAGGGAUCACCGCGUCGGCCUGUCGCUCGUCGGCUGCCUGCUCGCCAUCAAGCUCGUCGAGUCCUUGUCCCAGCGGCAUUGGUUCUUCGACUCCAGGAGGACCGGGAUGCGCAUCCGGUCUGCCCUAGUGGCGGUCAUCUUUCAAAAGCAGCUCAAGCUGUCCAGCCAGGGGAGGAGGAACCAUUCUACCGGGGAGAUCGUCAACUACAUCGCCGUGGACGCUUACCGGCUGGGCGACGCUCUCGGCUGGUUUCACGAGGCGUGGAGCUCGCCGCUCCAGCUGGCCUUGGCAGUCGCCACGCUCUUCUGGGCACUCAGGCUUGGGGCACUCCCGGGUCUAGUCCCGCUCAUCAUCUUCGGCUUCCUCAACGUGCCCUUCGCAAGGCUUCUUCAAGGGUACCAGGCCAAGUUCAUGGUUGCACAGGAUGACAGGCUCCGGUCCACCUCCGAGGUGCUCAACAGCAUGAAGAUCAUCAAGCUGCAGUCAUUGGAGGACAAGUUCCGUACCAUGGUCGAGUCCCUCCGAGACGCCGAGUUCACAUGGUUGAGGGAGACCCAGAUAAAGAAAGCCUACGGCGCGGUCAUGUACUGGAUGUCCCCCACGGUUGUCUCUGCGGUCAUGUACACCGCGACGGCCAUUCUGGGGAGUGCCCCCCUGAAUGCCACUACACUCUUCACCGUCUUGGCCACCCUCAGGGUCAUGGCUGAGCCAGUGAAGUUUCUUCCUGAGAUCCUGACAAUGAUGAUCCAGUACAAGGUGUCGCUGGACCGUAUCGAAAAAUUUCUCAUAGAAGAUGAGAUCAAAGAGGGCGCGGAGAAGGGGCCUCCACAUAACUCUCAUGUCAAGGUUCAUGUCCAAGAUGCAAAUUUCAGCUGGAAUGCAAGUGCAGCCGAUCUGACGCUAAGGAAUAUUGACCUUAGCAUAAACCAAGGAGAGAAGGUGGCUGUCUGUGGUGCAGUUGGCUCAGGAAAAUCUUCGCUCCUUUAUGCAUUACUCCGGGAGAUACCGAGAACAUCAGGAUCAGUUGAGGUAUUUGGUUCACUGGCAUAUGUUUCACAAAACUCAUGGAUACAGAGUGGUACCGUCCGCGAUAAUAUACUCUUCGGAAAGCCUUAUGACAAGGCACUGUAUGAGAAGGCAAUCAGAUUCUGUGCUUUGGACAAGGAUAUAGAAAGUUCCAAUCAUGGAGACCUUACCGAGAUUGGUCAGAGAGGGCUCAACUUGAGUGGAGGUCAGAAGCAAAGGAUCCAGCUAGCUAGAGCUGUCUAUAAUGACGCAGACAUCUACCUCCUAGACGACCCUUUCAGCGCGGUGGAUGCGCACACUGCUGCAAUUCUUUUCUAUGAUUGUGUAAUGGCAGCACUUUCAUGCAAGACCGUUGUUCUUGUGACGCACCAAGUUGAAUUUCUGACGGAGACUAACAGGAUUUUGGUAAUGGAAGGCGGUCAAGUUAAACAACAAGGGAAAUAUGCGGAUCUUCUGGAAUCCGGGACGGCAUUUGAGAAGCUAGUUUCGGCUCACCAGUCCUCAGUCACUGCACUUGACAUCGCCAGCCAACAAAAUCGAGUCCAAGGGCAACAGGUUCUUGAUGACAUUACUAUGCCAGGUGCAUUGGUGGCAACACGGCAGACUAGCGAAAUCGAAGUCUCAACCAAGGAUCCUUCAGUGGCCCAGCUCACUGAAGUGGAAGAAAGGGGGAUCGGCAACCUUGGAUGGAAGCCAUACAAAGACUACAUACAAGUCUCAAAGGGCAUUUUGCCACUCUGUGGGAUGGCUGCAACUCAAGUCCUUUUUACAGGCUUUCAAAUCAUGUCGACAUACUGGCUGGCCGUGGCUGUUCAGCUCAAUGUCAGUAGUGCUCUUCUGGUUGGGGCAUACUCCGGGCUCUCCAUCUUCAGUUGCUGCUUUGCCUUCCUCAGAAGCCUAUUCGCUGCUACUCUGGGACUCAAGGCCUCCUAAGCAUUCUUUACGGGUCUAAUGGAUUCUGUAUUCAAGGCCCCCAUGUCAUUCUUCAACUCAACGCCCAUUGGAAGGAUACUCACAAGGGCUUCGUCAGAUUUAAGCGUUCUGGACUUUGACAUACCUUACUCCAUGGCUUUUGUGGUGACUGGCAGUGUGGAGGUGGUCACGACGGUGAUAGUCAUGGGUACUGUAACUUGGCAGGUCUUAGUUGUAGCAAUCCCAGUUACACUCACCAUGGUAUAUGUUCAAAGGUACUACAUGGAGUCAGCUAGAGAGCUAGUCAGAAUUAAUGGAACAACAAAGGCACCUGUCAUGAACUAUGCAUCAGAAUCGAUUCUUGGCGUGGUGACAAUCAGGGCUUUCAGCGCAACAGACUCGUUCAUAUACAAUAACCUGCAACUAAUAGACAAUGACGCGACAAUGUUCUUCCACACAAUUGCUGCGCAAGAGUGGGUUCUUAUAAGAGUGGAAGCACUGCAAAGCUUGACGAUACUCACAUUUUCAUUGUUCCUUGUAUUGGUUCCUCCAGGAGUAAUUUCACCAGGCUUUGCGGGUCUUUGUCUCUCCUAUGCUUUGACCCUGACUGGGGCACAGGUUUUCUUGACAAGGUUCUACUCCUACCUAGAAAACUAUAUCAUUUCAGUUGAGAGAAUCAAGCAGUAUAUGCACCUUCCAUCGGAGCCUCCUGCCGUAAUACCUGAUAACAGGCCUCCAAUUUCAUGGCCACAGGAGGGAAGAAUAGACAUGCAAGAUUUGAAGAUUAAAUACCGCCCAAACACGCCACUUGUUCUCAAAGGAAUCACUUGCACCUUCCCUGCUGGAAACAGAAUUGGGGUUGUCGGGAGGACGGGAAGCGGGAAAUCAACACUUAUCAGCUCACUGUUCCGUCUCAUUGAUCCUGUUGGUGGGAGGAUACUUAUUGACAACUUGGAUAUUUGCUCUAUGGGUCUCAAGGAUCUAAGAACUAAACUGAGUAUUAUCCCCCAAGAACCUACACUUUUCACAGGAACUGUGCGCAAUAACUUGGACCCCCUUGGUCUGCAUUCCGACGAUGAGAUAUGGGAGGCCUUGGAGAAGUGUCAACUGAAGAAAUCAAUUAGCAGCACUGCUGCUCUUCUCGAUACAGUAGUGAGUAAUGAUGGCGAUAACUGGAGUGUUGGACAGCGCCAACUCUUCUGUCUUGGCAGAGUUCUCCUCCGUAGGAACAAAAUUCUCAUGCUAGAUGAAGCAACGGCGUCCAUCGACUCCGCAACUGAUGCAAUCCUACAGGGUGUCAUCAGGAAGCAAUUCAUAAGUUGCACAGUGAUAACCAUUGCUCACAGGGUCGCAACUGUGACAGACAGUGACAGGGUCAUGGUACUUUCCUACGUGCUGACGACUUGUACGGGUAAGCUUCUAGAAUAUGACACACCCAUCAAGCUGCUGGAAGACAAACAAUCUGCCUUUGCUAAACUUGUGGCGGAGUAUUGGGCUAAUUGCAAUCGGAACUCAACCUGA